CGCAUCCUGCAGGUGGCACGUAUAAACGUCUCGGGUGAAAACUUUCUUAUAAAGCUGAGUUUCAUUUAAAAACAUACAGUGAUCUUUGUUUAGAAACGCUGCUAAUCAACUUUGUAGGUGUGCCCUUUUCAUCUGAAUCUCCUCUUGUUUCCUUUACCGUUUCAUUAGAAGUGGUUAAAGACCGCUUGUUAUGAAGGUCGUUGUAAGUUAAACAUCCGUGAGGUGAUGGCUAAGGCUGGAGAAACGGGUCGGGUCGUAGCAGUCAUCGGGGAUCAAGAAAUUGGUUCGGAUGGAGAAACUGGUCGGAGAAGGGAGAUCACCAAGGACCUGUGUCGUCUUAAGAUUCUUCUGUUUCAGUCCUGGUUUCAGGGACUGCUUGUGCUGUGUUUACUCGUGUUUGUCAUAUGUUUGGCCUUGUCAGACAAUGCUUUAUUGUGGUCCAAAAGGUUUUCUCUUCACAGACAGUACUAUUUACUUUUCAACCAGAGCUAUCAAGCUAGAGCACCUGCUUAUCGAGUCCACCCAAAACACAAAGUUACUCUAAAUACAAUUAAUGAAACCACAGAAUCUCCAGCUGUGCAGCCUGAAGGUCUUCAGUACCAUCAAGCCUAUCCAAGCAACUACCAGUUUGUUAUCGAUAAUGCUGAGGUUUGCAAAAACACACCUUUCCUGGUUCUGAUGGUGCCGGUGGCACCAAAAAACGUUGCAGCUCGGGAUGCGAUCCGCCAGACGUGGGGUAAAGACAGCGUGGUUAAUGGUGAGGUGGUACUCACUCUCUUCAUGUUGGGUCUCGAUGGAGGAGCUGAUGUCGAGACGCUCAAACAGGAGAAUCAGCGGUACCAUGACCUGAUCCAGAGCAACUUCAUGGACUCGUAUCUCAACCUGACCAUUAAAACUAUGGUAAUUAUGGACUGGCUGGCCACACGCUGCCCUACAGCAGCUUAUGCCAUGAAGGUGGACUCUGACAUGUUCCUGAACAUUGAUAACCUGGUGAUCAUGCUGCAGAUGCCGGGUAUCCCCAAGCUGAACUAUCUUACCGGAAUGCUUAUGUGGAACAGGCCGGUUGUUCGAUCAAAGAACUCAAAGUGGUACGUUCCCGAGGAGAUGUACCCUGAUCCCCAGUAUCCCACAUACACCCUGGGUAUGGGUUACAUCUUUUCCAAUGAUCUUCCUGCUAAAUUUGUGAAAGUCUCAAAAUAUAUCAAACCCUUUAAUAUAGAGGAUGCUUAUAUUGGAGAGUGUAUGAAAAAGCUUGGACUUUCACCAACAUCUCCACCAAAUCCUUCCCAGUUUAAGGCGUAUAAUUCUGAGUAUAAUCGCUGUGAAUUCUCUAAGAUCAUUACAUACAUUCUUGGUUCUUCAGAACAAUUGAUAAAUUAUUGGACAGACUAUAAGAAGCCUGGACCUCAUUGUUAGAACCUUUCACACUACAGAUGCAAUAUGACAUCCCUCAGGGUUUAACUUAGUUCUAUAUUCUCCUGUUAUUGAAAAAGACAUAUGGAUUCUACAGUUUAAGGGUAAACUGCAAUCAACUUUUAAAAAUAAAGCAAGAACUAUUUUUUUAUUCCUAAGGUAUUUUUAUUUAAAAUGUCUGAAGUUAUAAUGUGAAGUUAUAAUGUAAAACGCAGUUAAUCUACAGAAUGUGAACCGCUACUGGAGUUGUAGUGGGCUACAUACUUUUCUGCUUGUUUGUGUAAUAGUUUAAAAAAAUAUAUUCAGAAAGCUGACUUGCAAGUCGUUUAAACUGAAGGGUCAACCUGUGCUUUAACUGUUAAUGUAUAGAAAAACAGUAAAACAAUUUGUCAACAUUAAAAAGGGCUUGGGUAGAAAAAAACAUUACUUGAAGUUCACACAACAUAAAUUAGUAAAAUGCUACAAACAGGGAAAAGCUUACAAUAUAUUAAGUUUGUCUAAUUGGUUAAUGAGAUGAAUCAGCUGUACAGUCUAUGGGUAUUAACAAAGUUUGAGUUUUUUUAAAUAAAAUGUGAAAAUUAA